ACCCCAUUUCCAUCUGUUUUUUUGCAGGACGUGUUUGAGAUGCGCUUCGCCAAGAUGCCGGAUGAACCGGAGGAACCGGUGAUCCCGGCCUCCUCUCCCGUGGUGGUUCCACCUCCGACCAAAGUGGUUCCCCCUUCGUCCAGCGACAGCAGCAGCGACAGCUCCUCCGACAGCGACAGCUCCUCCGACGACUCGGAAGAGGAGAGGGCUCAGCGCUUAGCGGAGCUCCAGGAGCAGCUGAAAGCAGUGCAUGAACAGCUUGCAGCCCUGUCCCAGCCCCAGCAGAACAAACCAAAGAAAAAAGAGAAGGACAAGAAGGAGAAGAAGAAGGAGAAGCACAAAAAGAAGGAAGAGCUGGAAGACAGCAAGAAGAGUAAAGCCAAGGAACCGCCGUCCAAGAAGGCCAAGAAAAGUAACAGCAACAGCAGCACCUCCAGUAGUAAGAAGGAGCCGGUGACGGUGAAGAACAGCAAGCCCCCUCCAGCCUACGAGUCUGAGGAGGAGGAGAAGUGUAAGCCGAUGUCCUAUGAGGAGAAGAGGCAGCUGAGCCUGGACAUUAACAAACUGCCCGGUGAAAAGCUGGGCCGAGUUGUUCACAUCAUCCAGUCGAGAGAACCCUCGCUUAAAAACUCCAAUCCCGACGAGAUUGAAAUUGACUUUGAGACGUUAAAACCUUCCACGUUACGGGAGCUGGAGAGAUACGUAACGUCGUGUUUGAGGAAGAAGAGGAAACCUCAAGCAGAGAAGGUGGAUGUAAUUGCUGGUUCCUCUAAAAUGAAGGGGUUCUCCUCCUCAGAGUCUGAGAGCACCAGCGAGUCCAGCUCCUCCGACAGUGAAGAUUCAGAAACAGGUUAGAUGCAGCUUAUUUAAAGACUCAGUCCUAUACCUGUUUUCUGUAUAAAUAAAUAUGUUUUCAUUAC